GAGAAUAAAGAUGGCUGAACACAUAGCUGUUAUUUAUGGCUAGGCAGUAUUAUUAAUAUACCGAUUAAUGGUUCAUAAUGUUACUGAAGUUAGAACCCUAGUUAAUCAAUGCUUGCACAAAAUAUGAAGAAAGUAGAGAAGAUAUCGGAUUCCCCCAGACCUUUCAAAUUAUCCCAUCAAGUGUUAUGCAUUACAAACAUCAAUUUUCAACGACAAGCACUUAUUGGUUUUGUGGAACUCCAUAUCAUACCCCAGCAAAAUAUCCUACGGAGAAUUAAACUCAACUGUAAACAGUGUCGUAUUUAUCGUGUGCUGAUUGGAGACAGUUUCGAAGCUGAAUUCGUGUACAAUGAUCCAACUUUAGAUAUCUGUCAAGGAGAAGCCAAACAACGAAAUUUAGAUUUCUUCUCUUCCUGUCACCUGGCUGCUGUUAAUUCUGUUGAUUCUGACAAUGGCAAUGGAGAACUUAACAUUCGCAUUCCUUCUGAAGCUUCUCAUUUAGUUAAUGAAGGAAAGGUGCUUAGGGUGAAUGUAGAGUUUUCAAUAGAAAGACCACAAGGUGGAGUCCAUUUUGUUGUGCCUAACACAGAAGGCACGUUAGCUGAGAGAGGAGCUCACAUGUUUACAUACGGUUAUGAAACUUCUUCGAGGCUUUGGUUUCCUUGCAUUGACUCUUAUUCUGAACCAUGCACAUGGAACAUAGAGUGUACAGUAGAUGCUUGCAUGGUUGCUGUAUCAUCUGGAGAUCUUCUGGAGACAGUCUACACAUCUGACAUGAAGAGGAAAACGUUUCACUACUAUUUAUCCACACCAACAUGUGCACCUAACAUUGCUCUUGCAGUAGGUCCAUUUGAGAUUGUUGUGGACCAACACAUGCAUGAGGUAACACAUUUCUGCUUACCCCAUUUGAAAGGAAUCCUUACAAACACCACAAGUUUUUUACAUGAGGCAUUUGAAUUUUUUGAAGAACUGUUAUCCAGUUGUUACCCGUAUUCUUGCUACAAGCAAGUAUUUGUUGAUGAAACCUAUGUCGAUUCUGCUCCAUAUGCUACAAUGACUAUUCUAGACACCAAUCUUCUUCACUCUCGUCACAUCAUUGACCAAACAUACAUCUCUCGUCGGGUGAUGGCGCAGGCUGUUGCCGAUCAAUUUUUUGGAUGUUUUAUCAGCAUGUACUCGUGGUCUGAUGUGUGGUUGCCGAAGGGGAUCUCUGCUUACUUAUCAAAUCAGUACUAUAAAAAAGCCUUUGGAAAUAAUGAAUAUCGUUAUUGGCUGUACAAGGACCUUCAAGAAGUUAUUGAAUAUGAACAAACAAAUGGUGGAUUAGUGCUUGACUGUAGUGCUUACACAUCUUCCUCAAUGUCAUCCAAUCAGAACAGGGAAAACAGUUUCUACUUUCCCACAAAGCAUCUCCACACAACCUCACCAAAAUAUAACAAGAUUUUACAGAAAAAGGCCCACCUUGUUGUUCGCAUGUUAGAAGACAGGCUUGGUAGAGAGUUAAUGUUACAGGUGUAG